AUGCGCCCUAUCCCUAAGCCCUCAUUUCUGCUCUUGGAAGUUGACAGCCCAACCCGAUCGAUUGCUGCGCCCCAGAUGGUUGAAACACGAGGCUCACGCCCGUCUUUUGACGAGGCAUCGGGUCUCCCCUCUUUCCCUACCGAUGAUGGCGACUUUGGUGAGUUUGCCCUGUCCGGUGUUUCCGUCGACGUUGCCGCCACCGACAGCGACCCGCGACAAGACCCCAACAAUGGACCACUCAAGGUUCAAGGAGCUCGGAUAAUACCGUUGGUACAUUUGACUGACCUGCGCUCAUUCGAUGACGAGGGCCACGGAUCGCCUCCAGCCGCGAAAAAGCGCCGCCUGGAUGCUGGCCCGGGCGAGGACAUUAUUCUUGGACAGCUGCCUGGUUCAGACCGCGAAGGCCCUGGCCAUAAGAUUGAAGAAGAACUCGCAUCUGCUCUCGCAGAAGGAGCCGUAGACCCGCUAUCGUCGACCGAUCACACCCAAGGCGAUCAAGGCACCGACACUGCGACUACCGCAGUUUCUCAGGAUGGAACGUCGACUGGCAACCCGCCCGUGAACUCCUUGAUUUCCGACAUCAUGGAUCAUACUGAGCGCCAGGAACAAACAGUCGCUAUGGGUCCCCAGGAGCUCCCCUCACUGGGUGAAUUUCCAGGUGUCAGGGGUUAUGCUUUCUUGAAGGCCAACUCUCACCUCAAGAUCCAGAGCUUACCCAUCUUGGACAAUUUGUCAACGCAAAUUCUCUCCUUCCUCUCCAAGAACAGCUAUCAAGAUCUCACCGCGAUGGUGUCCGAACCUGACUCUGAGAACGGACAGGCCUAUGCAACCAUGCGCUCCCUGUUUGACCAUACCAAGCGAGUUUACACAGUCAAGCACUCUUUCCUGCAGUCAACAGAUCUUGAGAUCACCGAGUCAUCCCAGAUGGACGUUAUACGCAAGGCGAACUUGGCCUCUUUCGUGUCAAGUAUCUUUGGGUCACAGGAGAUUGGCUUCGCGGAACUGAAUGAGCAUUUCCUGGACGUUUUUGUUCCGGAAGGCGGCCGUCUCUUGAAAGUGCAAGGUGCAUUGUACCUGGAGCUCAAGACGCAAGCAUUCAUUGCUGCGAUGAACAACAAGUCUCGCACUCGUGUCCAGCUUCUGUAUGAGUUGUUCCCGGAUGACAUGGAGCAGCGGCUGCUGGCGAGACGUCCAGGCACCCGUCAGCUGGCCCCAAGUGAAACUGAUUUCGUCAAUCGACUCACAUCUCGUCGAGACAUUCUCCUGAAUGAUAUUAACAACGAGGAAGCAUUGAAGGCGCUCCCUGACAAAUACCACUGGGAAGACUUUCUGCGGGAUCUGAGUUCCUACAUUGCUAAGAAUUUCGAUGCCAUCAACACUCAACAGGGAAAAAAGGUUGUCAAAGGACGUCAACCCUCAAGUUCAAACGGCGAUGCACAAGAGUCCCCCAGCACCACCCACCAAGGCCAGUUUUCUGUCAAUCAACAGGUCGAAGUCCCCGUUGACCGUAAUAUGCACGGUGAUCUCGUGGCGCGUGCUGCGCGUGCUGCGCAGAUUGCUUUGCAGGGCCACGGCCUCCGUCGUUCUCAGCAGCAAUCACAACUGCAACACCAACACCAGCAGCAGCAGCCGCCACAGUCCCAAGUGAGCCAGUCACCCCAGCCCCCUGCGCAACCUCCUCAGCAACAGCCCCAGCAUACUGGCCAGCCCGACAACUCAUAUCUACAUGGCUAUACCCCUGCACAGCAACCUGGACCGUCUAUCCAACAGCAGCAGCCAUAUCAUCACAGCCCAACCCCGCCCGGUGGUUAUCAACACCAGGCUCAGGGAAUGAACUUCCAACAGAGCCUUCCACCGACCAACUUCCAGCAAUACAACCCUAAUGCCGCCCAGGCUAUGCAGGCGCGCGCCAAUGGGAUGUCAUCCAAUCAUGGAUACAUGCCUGGGAUUCCUCAUUACUCCCAGUCACAACCGACUCAGGUGCUCUACGAACGUGCUCGCAUGGCUGCCUCAGCGAAAUCCUCCCCUACGAGCCGCAAGUCCGGUUUGCCUAGCCAACGCCGCCCUUGGACUACAGAGGAGGAAAAUGCUCUGAUGGCGGGUCUAGACCGAGUCAAAGGCCCCCAUUGGAGCCAGAUCCUCGCCAUGUUUGGUCCCGGCGGCACCAUCAGUGAAGCCUUGAAGGAUCGCAAUCAGGUACAGCUCAAAGACAAGGCACGCAAUCUCAAACUAUUCUUUCUGAAGAGCGGCAUUGAAGUUCCUUACUAUCUCAAAUUCGUCACUGGUGAACUGAAGACUCGUGCCCCUGCCCAGGCCGCCAAGCGCGAGGCUCGUGAGCGACAGAAAAAACAGGGCGAAGAGGACAAGGCCCACGUGGAGGGUAUCAAGGGCAUGAUGGCUUUAGCCGGAGCCCAUGCAUCGCCUGUCCCAGGUCAUGAAAUGUCUGCGUCGCCCAGUUUGCCGGAUGCCAACAGUCAAUCCGUAUUUGAUCAAACUGCCGAGCAGAAUCUGAUGCAGACCCUAAGCCAAGAAGUCCAUGGGAGCCAGUACCCACAGCAACACCCUCCUCCUACUCCAGAUCACCAUCUCGAUCCUCAUAUGCAGCUUGGUCAAUAG